AUGUCUUACAAAUUCAUUUUGAGCAAUAAGAGUUAGUUUUCAAAGGAUCGCAACGUUAAUAUAGAUUAUACUCCUGUUUUUAAUAUAUAGUUGUAAUAAAAAUUGAAUAUUUUUCCAAUUUUCAAUGAUGAUCAUUAGGCCACAACUCCUGGAUUUAUCAUUGAAUAUGAGAAACCUGCAUAUGAAAGCAAUUUAAACUAUCAUUAACAAUUAUUUAAUCAAAAAAUUGAAUAAAUAAAAAUAAAAAAUAAAUAAUUGCUGAUUCCCAAGCCAAAACAUCGAGUUUAGAUUUGCUCAGUUUGUAAGACUAAGUAUACAGAUUACUUAACUCAUACUUAAUCAAAUUCGCAUAAAAAGUUGUUCUUAGCAUCACCUUAUAUCAAGAAGAUUGAGAAGAUCUAAACUGAUUUGAGUUAGCAACUAUCAAAUUACAAUUCUUAAUCAACAGACACAGAGGAGGCUUCAUUAUUAGAUUAGGGUAACAGAAAGAAAAUAAAACUGGAGAUGUCCUAAAUGAUUUCAAUUACUGAAUGA